AUGGCUAAACAAAAAGCUCUCGGCGCCAAGUAUGACGUGGUCGUCGACUCGGGUGACGAAGACGCCGCAGAGCCUGCGGAAGAGUUUUCUGAUCUUGAGUUGGACGAUUCAGAUCUCCAGAUUUUGGAUGGCCUUGUAGCAAUGCAGGGUAUCAAUUCUAAGACUGAAUCGGAGGAGUUCUGUGACUGCGACAUGUCUGACCUCUCUGAGGAAGACUUGAAGCGUCUGGAACAAGAGACGCGGCUGUUAGCAGCAGGUGCCACUUUGGGACUCGACGCCAACAACCAGAUGGACCUUGAGUUCAUGGCUUGGUUAGACGCCGAGGAUUUGGAGAAGACUUUUGAGGCCUUUGGGUACUCAGAUGCUGAGUCGUGUACCUUACGAGGGUCUGCUCGGCGUCAAAUGGCUCCAUUGGCUAUGUUGAUCGAGACUGUCAUUAUGCUACUGACAGGAUCUGUGUCGUCGGAUUCCAUCUAUGGUCUUCCGACUGCGAAUCUUGUGGCCAAUAUCGAGCGCAAGCUCGCUAUUGAAGGAUGCCUGAUAUAUCAGCCUAAAGCGCUGAAUAGAGCUCUUCCUGUCUGGCAAAACGUUGCCUUCCCGACAGUAUUUCAGAGCUAG